UCUUUUGCUUUUAAAUUAGGGAUGCUAAUCGAGAGGCAUAAUAAAGUCAUUUUAUUCGCCGAGAACAUCGAGAAUUUUGUUUCUUCUAUAGCAUUGAUGCAAGUUGUUUCGAAUACUUCAGUUAUUUCUUGUCUAGGUUUUAUAGUCGUAAUCUCCCUUUCUAAUGAAGAUGGCGCCUUCAUGUUAUUGAAAGUCAUUUCGCCUUACAUUGCAUUAUUAAUGGAAAUUUUUCUUUUUUGUUUUGCUGGUGAAUAUCUUAGCCACAAGAGUAAAACAAUUGCCGAUGCAGCAUACGAUUCGUUGUGGUAUAAUAUGCCGUUAAAUCGAAGUAAAAUUAUAGCGUUCAUAAUAAUGAGAUCUCAGACGCGACUAACAAUUACAGCAGGAAAAAUCAUAAGUUUGUCUUUGGAAUCGUUUGCGAGUAUCAGCGAGCUCAUGAAUCUCGUGGACAGCAUAUCCGUAACAUUAGAAUACAGUUUGACGGUUUUGAAAUUGAUCAGUCUUCGGAUACAACAUCGGUAA